AUGCAGAUGAAUCCAUAUCCUCACAAGCACCAAUUAGGCAGAGUCACCUUGUCGCGAUCAACUCACCAAGUCUCUUGGAAUCCUGACUUAACGGGAUUGCGCCAGUCAGAAAGAGAAGCUUGUGAGUUCAUUCAGGAAUUUCUAGAAGAAGGACAACCGUCAGAGUCGGAAAAACUGAAGUUCCUGAGGGCUGUGGAAACCUUGAGUGCCACCGUUCAGGCCCAGGCAAAUGGCAAUAUGAAUGAUUACUUUCCCAAAACCAUUCUGGCCAAGAAAAUUGAGGUAUUAAUCCUCGAGGAAUCCACCGAGGUCUUGGUCAGCAGUGUGCAUCAGCGAGCCAUGCUCUGCAUCGUGGCCCUGAGCCAGGUGAAUCCACCAUUCUACUUAUCCCAGAAACUGGAUCUGGUGAAUGCUGGCCUCUCUAGCAUAUUCUCUCUGCCGCUCAUCAUGCCUAGUCUAGACAGAAAAGAGAGUGCUAGUCUCUACCUCCAGACGGUCCAGGCCUUAGAUGACAUGUUACAAGCUCUUGUAAUGGAAGAUAUGGACCCCGACAUGUCCCUGCUGCAGAACUUCCUGGAGAUCAUCUUGCCUUGGCUAACACUGUCAGAGAAAGUGCAUCAACAGGUCCGGGCCUUGGGCACCAUUUCCCGGAUGCUGAGAUUUAUUUGCAAUUUCCCUAGACUGUCGAACAUGAUGGAGUUCUCGAUGACUGGGAAGAUGAUGGGCAUUUUAGGCCUCUCCUGCAUGAACGCCAACCAUGAGAUCAGCGUAGAGGCAUCGGAGGCAUUGCAUUACUUUUUCAAAAUCCUUGUGCUUCAUAGAAGUAUGAAACAGAAGACAGAGAUCAUCCUGAAGGAUUUGCAGAAGAAUUUCCGCGGAGGAUGGUUUGCCAACAUACAGAAUCUCGCAAUGUUCUUCAGGAAAUACCUGACCCCCGAAGAGAGAGCAGAUGUGAUAAUGGUGCCAAUGGAGGCCAUGACCAGUGCCAGCAGGCAUGAUGUCUGUGCAGCUUCCAAGAUGUUAAAGAUGAUCCUGAAGCACCCUAUGCCAGAGAUUGGGAAGGUGCCAGAAAUCAUCCAGUACAUUUACCACAAUAUGAACAGAAUUACUGAAACCACAGCCCAAGAGACCAUAAAGAAGAUCCUCUACCUGCUGGCUCAGACCUACACAGAAGAGGUUAUCCUGACACUAUUCAACAUGGAAGACGGGUCACAGAGAGGGGUUUGCAAGCCCUGGGAAAUCCUGGCAUCGUUCCCCAAAGGCUAUGAAGUCAUCAUGGAAUUUCUGCUGCAGAAGCUGACUCCAUACCAGAAAUCAAAGGGCCAGGAGCCCAGCCACAGUACAGAGAUCUCUCCGUUGAUUGCCACCAGGGCCAUCCAGGAGCUCCUUCUGGAACCGAGUCGGCGGACGGAGGUGCAGACCUUCUUCCCCUCCCUGUGUAUGGCCCUGUUGUUCCAGAUCUCCUUUCUCGUGGUUGAAGGGGACACUGACUUUCAGGAUCAGCAGCAUGCAACCGAACGGAUGGACCCUGUCAGUUCCUCCGUGGAGGCCCUGAAGACGCUGAUGCGAAGUACCGGGUAUGGGGACUAUGUGUCCUACAUUCAGAAACUUGGAGGCUGGGAGCUGCUCACCAGUCCUGAAGGACACUACGAGGGUGUCACUCUACUGGCCAGGGCCAUGGUCAUCAAGAACUGUUGGCACAACCGCCCCAUCUUCAGCUUCCUCAUCAGGAUUCUCCAAGAACGAGACCACAAAAAUCGCUUAACGGCCUUCAUGUUCUUGACUGAACUGCUUCGGUGCCCAGAUGUGGCAGCCACCGUGGAUGAAGUCACUGUGCACAUCCUGGCAAACUGGUUCCAGUGUGAGGAGCCGGCCAUAGUAAAGCUAUUGCUGCGGGUGGUGGAGACCUUCGCAAAGCACGGGAACAUGGUGCAACAGUUCCGCAUCCUGGAGCCCUACGUGCUGGCCUGCUGCUACUCGCUGGACGAUGACAUUGUGAUGGAGACUUUCACGGUGCUCAAGUGUCUCGUCGAGCACCUCACCUGGAAGCAUUCCUCCUCAUUCCUUACUCAGCUCACCUUCAGGCUGGGGCCCCUCUUUGAGGAGGAGUCAGAGUAUCUGCGCUUGAUGGCCUUUGAGAUCUACGGGGCUCUCUUGGCUAAGGUCAAGAGGACAGUGCUUGUCUUCCCCUUGAAGCACCAGGUCCUCAACUUGAUAGUCCUCCUUGUGCUCCACCUGGAGGAUGCGAAUGUCAACGUGGCUCAGAUCUGCCGGCCUGCCCUCUGCCACACGGCCACCAUACUGGGCUGGUCGAGACUCAAAGCGGUAUUUGCAGAGAAAGACGUGUGGACUAUCCUCAGAGCCCUGCUGAAGCAGGAGGGAAGCAGAGCCCUCUGGUUUCUGAAGCAGUGCUUGGCUCUCUUCAAGAGCCCGCAGGCCCCCAUUCGCCAGACAGCUGUACGAUUUGCAGGCCAGAUCAUCCAAACCCUGGAUGCGGAAGAGGCCAAUGAAAUUGAGGAAGUAUAUACAGCCCUAAAGUACAUGCGGGAAGACCCCGACUCCAUGGUCAGCUGCCUCGCCGCUCAGACCCUCUACAUCCUGGAAGCCAAGGAGAAGCUGCUGGUCAACCCCCCUACCUCUUGCUUCUGCAGCAGGAGGCCAUGAAAGACCUACUCCUGAGCCUGCGUCCUUGGGUCCCGGCCAGGGCGAUCGAGACUGUGACAACGGUGACAGUGGGGCCAGGCUCCUGAGCCCUGUCCUAGAAGUGGGUGUGUGUCCCUGCAGGACCUCUGUAAUAAAAGGAAGACGCAUGAAUUUCUGUGGAGUGUUUCCUGGCCUUUCCAGUUGGUUCUCUGGGGGCAGAGCCCUUCAUUGUGAGCUGUCUCCUCUGCCUGAACACCUGGUGCAGGCUGGCGUCUCCCAGCCCCGCCCCUCCUGCCCCUCUCCCACGUAGCCCGGCGAUCGGAGGCCGGAGCGUGGGACGUUCCUGUAACAUCAGACUGAACUACAAAGUGGGAGGAAAGUGAUACUGGGACAUGUGAGGUAUUCUAGGCUCUGGCUGCACCGGGCAGGGUUCCCGGCGGCAGGCCACAGGGUCCACUCUGGCAGGUUUAAGCAGGG